CCAAAAACUCAAACCAAAAGAAGUGAAACACUUUGACCAUGUUUGUUAGAGCCCAGUGAACACACAGCGGAGCAAAACCUCACCCUCUCAUUAAUGAUUACUGAUCUGAUCAUAUUGAUCUGCUGUUAAUUAUUGAUCAGUUAGCUAUUGUAAAAUGUCUUUUUAUUACAAAUACUGACUCAAACUGCAAAUGCUGCAGGAUUAGUUCUGUCUUUUAUUAGAUAAUGAAUAUAUAAGUAAGAUAUAAACAUGAAGAUAUAAACAGAAAUACAGAGAAGUGCUGGUGUAGUUUUUUCUUUAGUUUUAUAAAACCCAACUGAGUCACGCAGGUGAAACAGUUCAAUGUGCAAACUUUAUUCAAAAUUAAUAACAUGAGACAAACUUUAUUCAACAUUAAUAACAUGAGACAAACAUUUAUUCCACCUUCUGUGCGACAUGUAAAGAUCACAAACAGUUUAACAUUUAAUAUCAUGAAUAAUAAAUCAUUUGUUUCCUUUGAAUCUGACAAUAAUUAGAUUCAAAAGAAGUUAAAAAUAUUUCUUCAUGGUAACUAAACUGUAGCGUUGUUUGUUAUCACAUCGUCACCAUCUCCACAGUAACAAAGUCCACUGAACUGAUACCAGAGGUCAAAGGGCACUUCCGCUGAAGAACUGAUUCUGCUGAAACUGCAGAAAGAAGAGAGACGAGCCCCAGGAGGAAGAGAGAGGAAGCAGGAUUUAAAAAAAAACGUGACUGAUACAGGAAGAAUUAUUUCACAACUGUCUGGAAAGAAAGACUGAAAGAGACAAAGCUUUAACUGCCAGAAUAUUUAACAAACUGACUCCUGACACACUAGAGAGUUAGAGAAUACUUUAACAGAGAGAGAGAGCAGCUGGUUGGUGUUGAGGUUUAACAAUCAGGAGCAGAUUCUGACUGACGAGGAAAAUAACUGCAAAACGUCUGCAAAACAUCUGCAGAAGGUUCUUCAGUCGAUCGGUUCUUCAGUCGAUCGGUUCUUCAGUCGAUCGGUUCUUCAGUCGAUCGGUUCUUCAGUCGAUUAGUUCUUCAGAGGAAAAUGGCCGUCAGCUCCCCGAGAGACAAGUAUUUUGGCGUCUGGCUGAUUUUCUUCAUGCUCGGUUUGGGAACGCUGCUGCCCUGGAACUUCUUCAUGACGGCUACCAUGUACUUCACCAGCCGUCUGAAGGACUCGUCAUUGGUCGAUUAUUCAGCCAAUCAGACAGAAGCAGAAGGUGAACAUCGCAGCAUUCUGGAGGCUAAAUUCAACAAUGUGAUGACGCUGUGCGCCAUGCUGCCGCUGCUCCUUUGCACCUGCCUCAACUCCUUCCUGCACUCACUCCAAUCGUUGAGCAUCUGCUCUCUGUAUCAGUAUUCCUCAGCGUCUGCGAGUGAUGGGCAGCCUGCUCAUCAUCAUGUUUGUCUUCAUGGCCACCGCUGUCCUCGUCAAAGUUCCUCUCGAGCCGCUGCCCUUCUUCUGCGUUACCAUGGUGAAGAUCAUCAUCAUCAACUCGUUUGGAGCCAUUCUCCAGGGCAGUCUGUUUGGGAUGGCGGGGCUGCUGCCAGCUUCAUAUACGACUCCCAUCAUGAGCGGUCAGGGACUCGCUGGAACCUUCGCUGCCUUCGCCAUGAUCUGUGCCAUCGUGGCUCAGAGCUUCAUGAUGCUGCGUUCGGUUACUUCAUCACAGCCUGUGUUGUUAUUCUCCUGUCAGUCCUCUCCUACAUCCUGCUGCCUAAACUGGAGUUUUUCCAGUUUUAUCAGCAGAGAAACCAGAGAGCAGAAGAAGAGAACUCAGUAAAUCUGAUGAACAGCGAGAGUAAAGCUGAAGCAGCUGACCCCAACACACAGCAGGACGUCUCCAUGAUUAAAAUCUUUAAGAAGAUCUGGCUUUUGGCUCUGUCUGUCUGUUUCACCUUCACCGUCACAAUCGGCACGUUUCCCGCCAUCACCGCCGACACCAGAUCCACCCUCGCUGACAGAGGCUCCUGGGCUUCUUCUUCCUUUCAUCUCGUAUCAGAUGAAAUCAGAUUUAAGACUCUUUUGUUUACCUCGGAGGGGUACUUUAUUCCCGUCAGCUGUUUCCUGCUCUUUAACCUGUGUGACUGGGCCGGCCGGAGCCUAACGGCCGCCUGUAUGUGGCCUGGAAAGGACAGUCUGGUACUUCCCGUGUCCAUCGUGUGUCGUCUCGGCUUCCUCCCUCUCUUCAUGUUGUGUAAUGUUCAGCCUCGUCUACACCUGCCCGUUUUCUUCCAUCACGAUGGCUGGUUCAUCUUCUUCAUGAUCCUCUUCGCCUUCAGUAAUGGUUACUUGGCCAGCCUCUGCAUGUGCUUCGGUCCAAAGAAUGUUCUUCCUCAUGAAGCAGAAACAGCUGGAGCCAUCAUGGCUUUCUUUCUGUCUCUGGGUCUGGCUUUAGGAGCCGCUCUGUCCUUCCUCUUCAGAGCACUGGUUUAACUGGACUAACUGGAAAACUACAUCUGUAUUACUGGACUAACUGGAAAACUACAUCUGUUUUGCUGGACUAACUGGAAACCACCUGCUUACCGCUUAAUUAACUGGAAGACAAACGUGUUUGUUACUGGUCUGACUGGGAGAAAAACUUUUAUUAAAACAUUUCUGUUUGGGGUGGAGGGUUAGGUACAGCUGACUGUCAGAACCGGACAUGUUGAUGUGUUAUACUUUUUAUAACUUUCCAUCGAAACAUCAAAAUAUCCUAUCAUGUAAUGUAAAAUCCUCUCAUAGUUUAUAUAAUACCACAAUAUUAUAUGGUAAUACCUCUUUAAUGUCAACUGUUUAAUGUCUGCAGACCGAAUCGAUCAGCAGACAUUUGAUGAACUUGACUCCCGUUGUUCUGUUGGUUUAAUAUUAAUAUCAGAAUCUGUUGCACUUUUUGGGUUCUUGGAUGAAUUAAACAGUCUGAAAAGUGAAGCAAAUGCUGAAGUGAGAAAGAGCUUUCUGGUACAUAAGUAAAUGGUACAUAUAUAAAUGUUAUAUGAUAUUAUACUCAGGUGUAAUACGUUUAUUCAAACCUUCACAGCUGCUCAUCUCCGACAUCUGUUUCCUGUCUUUUAUAAUAUCUGAUUGUAUAUGUUAUGAGUGCAAUAGAAAAUAGAAAAACACACAAAUGAAUUAGAGUUACAAAAGAGAAAACGUUAUUAAUCAUCAAAAAGACCCAAACUGAUAUACUUUUUUCCACAUUAAACAGUUUACUGUCUAAAGUA